GAAGUGUUAAUAAUCCCGAAGACACAGUUUAGCUUUAGCUACUUGGCGAGUGAGCUCCAUCUUUCCACCACACAUCUCCUCCUCUCUCCAAGCCUAGGGUUUCUGUUCCUUCCUCAAACCCUCUGCCCUCGAAUUGAUUUUGCUUUCACCUUCCUCUUUAAGAUGACCUCCAUGGCUGCGCAAGUCCACAUCCUCGCCGCAACUGGGUUCUGUGCUCCUUCCUCUACAAAACCCACCAAUUUCUUCCCAAGAACAUUCUUCCUUGGCCAUGGAUUCAUCAGAACGACGCUGCACAACCUCACAAUUUCACCUUCAAGGUUCGAUGUUUCACCCCACGCAAAAGCUAAUCCAACUGGGGAGCAGAAAUGGACCCAUGAAGGCUCCGUGACUGAAUCUUUACCCAACGGUAUGUUUCGAGUACGCUUAGAUAAUGAAGAUGUGAUCAUUGGGUAUAUUUCAGGCAAGAUAAGGAAGAAUUUUGUACGUAUACUUCCCGGAGAUAGGGUUAAGGUUGAGGUCAGUCGUUAUGAUUCAUCUAGAGGCCGUAUUGUUUAUAGAAUGCGUAACAGAGAUACUGGCAAUGAUUGAUUUGUCGAAUUUUGCCUGUAAUUUUCAUGCAAUUUGUGGAAAAUGUGAAAUCAAUUUCUAUAAUUUACAUCUUUCUUGAGGCUA